CUUGUCUAUUGUGUCCUUUGGUGAGUCGAUCCCCGCGUCGCUUUCCGCCUUUUGACACCCAGCAAGCAGCCUCUGACUGCGUAACGCCCUGCAUCAUCCCGUCACAGGCAGCAGAUUUUCCCAUCACCUUACUUCCCCUGAUCAAACACUACCAAUUGGGGGGGAGAGGGAAAAAAAAGGAAAAUACCUAAUAAUAGUAACUGACCGGUAUAGCAUUUGGAUUACGGAUCGCCUCCUUUGUAUAUUCCACCUCGCGGACUUCUCACAAUGGCUGAUAACGUUCCCGCCUCGACUCCCUCGAACAUCCCUCAGGCUUCGCCUGCUGCCGCCGGACAGCAUUACGAUGGCUCUCAGGGUAACGGGCCAGCGAAUCCUUCCCACAUGCCUCCUCCUCCCCGCCCGCCCGUGAUCAUUCCUCAGAAUACCAACCCGAUCCCGACCGCCAUCACCUCUCCGAUGUCCGGGAACAUGAUGUCUCCGACCAGCGCGGGCGGGUUCGUGCGCCGGGCGGCCCCUGAGCCGAACAAGAGGGCUCUCUACGUCGGUGGUCUGGACCCCCGGGUGACUGAGGAUAUCCUGAAACAAAUCUUCGAGACCACGGGCCAUGUCAGCAGUGUGAAGAUCAUCCCCGACAAGAACAAGUUUAACAGCAAAGGUUACAACUACGGCUUCAUCGAAUUCGACGACCCGGGUGCCGCCGAACGAGCGAUGCAGACCCUCAAUGGUCGUCGCAUCCAUCAAUCGGAAAUCCGCGUCAACUGGGCCUACCAGUCCAACAGCACCAACAAAGAAGACACCUCGAAUCACUUCCACAUCUUCGUUGGAGACCUGAGCAACGAAGUCAACGACGAGAUCUUGCAACAGGCGUUCAAUGCGUUCGGCUCGGUGUCCGAGGCCCGGGUGAUGUGGGACAUGAAGACCGGCCGUUCUCGUGGCUACGGGUUUGUUGCUUUCCGCGACCGCAACGAGGCCGACAAGGCCCUGACCUCGAUGGACGGUGAAUGGCUUGGCUCCCGCGCUAUUCGAUGCAACUGGGCCAACCAGAAGGGACAGCCUUCCAUCUCCCAGCAGCAGGCCAUGGCCGCAAUGGGCAUGACCCCGACCACGCCGUUCGGUCACCACCACUUCCCUACGCAUGGCAUCCAGAGCUACGACAUGGUGGUCCAGCAGACCCCGCAGUGGCAGACCACGUGCUAUGUGGGUAACUUGACCCCGUACACCACUCAGAACGACCUGGUUCCCCUCUUCCAGAACUUCGGCUACGUCGUGGAGACUCGUCUCCAGGCCGACCGUGGUUUUGCCUUCAUCAAGAUGGACACGCACGAGAACGCGGCCAUGGCCAUUUGCCAAUUGAACGGAUAUAAUGUCAACGGACGACCCCUGAAGUGCAGCUGGGGCAAGGAUCGCCCUCCCACCGGUCAAUUUGAUAACUUUUCUGCUCCCCAGGGUUCAGGACCAAACCCGGCUGGUAGAGGUUGGGAUCAAUCGGGAAUGGCUGGCCAGGGGUAUGGUCAAGUUCCUGCAAAUGCUGGCUUCGGCCGCGGACAAGCCGCACCCAACGCCGGCUGGGCUCAGCCCAACAACGCCAACUUCGGAAAUGGCUUUGGAGGCUACCAGUCGUAGCCUGUCGAUAUACUCCCUGAGCAUACCAUCCUGGCUACUGCUGAGCAUAGUGUCAACAAAAAGAUUGAUCUUCAAGAUGGCUAGUGGUUAUAGCUACCUACAGUGAUAAGAAGAGGCCCUUUUUGCUUGUGUGUGGUUUUUCCUUUUCUCUUUUCUCUUGUCGUGUCUCUUUUCCUUUUCUUUUUUUUUUUC